AUGAGUUGCUGGGCGCCGUUGGCGCGGCUGGGGGCGUGCGCGCCGAGCAACGGCAUUGUGGCGUGUCUGAACGCGUGCGACGGGCCCACCAUCGACUGCUACGACUCCUGCUACGCCGACUCCGGCUGGCUCCCACCGCUCUCCACCGCUGAGCUCAUCGCGUUCCCCAUCUCCGCGUGCUGCCUGCUGGGCAUGUCGCUCGUGAUCUCCUGCAUGAUGUCGUCUACCCUCGGGCUUGACAUGGCCACGUUGCAGGCGGCAAUGGAUGGCGUGGACGAGCGGCUGAGGUGGCAGGCUGCCAAGGUGGCAGCGCUGCGCACACGUGGCAGCCUGCUGCUCACCACGCUAUUGGUCGCCAGCACCAGUGUCAACGUCAGCUUCACGCUCUUUGUCUCAGGUGGGUCUCGAUGGGUCUCAGAUGGGUCUCAGGUGGGUUCAGGUGGGGUCAUCCUCCUCUUCACAUGCAUCUCACCCCGGUCCACUGCUCCCCACCCCUCCCUACCACACUCCUCCCCUGCUCCACUCUCCACCCUCUGCGUGCUGCUCAUCCUGCUCGUCGUGGAGACCAGCUAUUUCAUCCCUCCCACCCUCUUCCACCGCUCUCCACCCCACUACUCCCUCCCAUCCCCUGCUCCAUCCUGUUGUGUGUUGGGCAUGGUGAUGGGAUUCGUCCUCUGCGUGCUCCUCAUCCUCCUCUUCGUCGAAAUCGCUCCCCCCGCCAUCUGUGCGCGCCACUCCCUGCGCAUCGCCUCCGCCACCGCGUGGCUCGCCCGCCUGCUGCUGCUGCUGCUCUCUCCAGUGGCUUACCCGGUCAGCCUGCUGCUGGACCGGUACUUGAACAAUCAAGAAGAUGAGGAAGAGAGCAGCUUGCGACGCGGGCUCCUGUGCGGUGGCUCCAGCUGUGCGGAUCCCUACUGCAUGAAGCACGGCGGGUCAGCGGGCUCCUCCCCUCGCAUCUACAUCACUAACCCCCUCGCCAACCCGCCCUCCCUCGAAUUCCCCGACACCACUGCUUCUGCCCUCGACACUGGGAGCGAGCAGACGGAACAGACGGAGGAGAGGGACGAGGAGGAGGAGGAAGAGGAGGAGAGUGCGGCGUUGUAUUCAGAGGAGAUGGAUUCCAACACCCGCAUGCACAUGGCUGGAUUCGGCGCCAUGCCUCCCAGGUCAGUUCCUCCUCCUUGCCACCAGCCAGGUCAGCUCUUCCCUGCCUCCUCCUCCUCCUCCUCCUCCUCCUCCUCCUUGCCCCCAGCCAGGUCCGGCCCGUACGAUUCAAGUCGCUCCAAGCCUGUCAGUGGCGGCAGCGACUCGCCCCUGCGACGCCGCAUCGAGCAGGCAGCUGAUCGGGCUGCUGCUGCUGCUGGUGCCGGUCCCUCCACGCCUGCUGGUGCCAGCACUGGUGGGGGGGAGAGGGGGAGGAAAACGGAGAGCGGUGCAGUAGGAGAGAGCGGGGAGGAGGUGGUGAUGGCGCUGCCUGUGGGGGAGAGUCAGGAGUAUACGAGUGUGGAGGUCGGGGAGGAAGGGGAGGGGUACAGCACUCGGGAGGAGGAGAGUAGUGAGAAGGUGGGGAGGGGUGGGAGGAGUGGGAGAGGAGGGAGUGGGAGAGGAGGAGGGGAGGAGACGGCGGAGGAGUCGGAUGAAGUGCCGAUGGCACUGCCAACGUCUUCUGAUGAUGUUGAUACGGAGUCAGACGACCAGAGGAGGAACCUUGGACGGACUCCGCCCCAGCUUCCUCCCCCUCCACCCACGCCCGCCACUCCUGCUGCUGAUUCCCCUGCUGCUGCUGGUGUAGCAGCAGGGGUUGCAGUGGGAGCGGCAGCAGGAGCAGCAGCAGGGGGGUUGAGAAGCCGACCGGUGAUGCAUGAAACGAUAGUUGAGAUAGGGUCUGAAGGGGAGGGCGAGGAGGAGAGUGAGGAUGAGAGGAGCGAGGGUGAUGAUGAUGAUGUUGUAGAAGCAGAGGCUUAUAGCGGGGAUAGUGGUGCUGUGCAAUCAGGGGCAGCGGGAGGGGUAGCACCAGGAGCGGCAGGAGCACCAGCAGGAGGAGCAGGAGCCGCAGCAGCAGGAGGGGCAGCAGCAGGAGGAGCAGCAGUGGGGGGGGCAGUGGGUGGUUUUGCUGCCAGUGGUGCUGCUGCUUCCACUUCAGCAGCGUUGACCCCACCACCUGCCAUGGCAGCAGGAGCAGCGGAAGGAGCAGGCACAGCAGGAGCAGCAGAAGCAGGAGGAGGAGCGGCAGGAGCGGGAGGGAUGAGUGUGGCUGAGGGAUUCGCAGCAGCAGCCGCAGCUGUGGGUGCUUUCGCGCUCAUGCCUUUCCGAUGGGGACAGAAGCAGCCACAGCAAGAGCAGGAGCAGGAGAAGCAGCAGCAGCAGGAGAAGCAGCAGCAGCAGCAGCAGCAGCAGCAGGGCGAGAAGAAGGAACCGUCACCACCAGCAUCCCCAUCAGGGCGGAUACAAGUGGUUGUGCACGGUACAGGGGGGCCAGGAGGGGUAGGAGGACCCAGCAGCAGCAGCGGUGGCAGCUGGAGAGACAACAGCAAGGAUGCUGAUAGCAAGGGGGACUCUUUGCCAGGAGGACCUAUGGGUCCAUCCCCCCUCCCUCCCCCACCCAUUGACCCCCGCCUCUCCGCCCUUCCCCCUACCGCCCUCCCCCCUCCCCCUGGCCCCUCCGCCUCCCCCUCCUUCCCCCUCCGACCCACACCCGCGCCCGCUCCUGCUGCUGCCUUCCCAAUGUCCUCUGAAGCACCCUCCUUUCCCCUCCGGCCGAUUCCUGCUGGUGCUGGUGCCGCUGCUGGUGCUGCUAUAGCCAGUGGCAGCGGUAUUGGGGGUGGGGGAGAAGGGGCGGAGGAGGGGAGGAGCAUGGGGUUUGAGAGGGACGAGUCUUGGGCCACAGCGCCUGAAGGGGGGAGGAGUGUGAGGUUUGGGAGGGAUGAGUCAUAUGCAACAGCAUAUGAUAGUGAAGGGGGUGAUGGUGGUGGAGAGGGGGGUGAGGGUACCGGUGCUUCUGCCAGUGCUGCUGCAGCAGCAGGGGUGGCAGGAGCGGCAGGGGCGGCAGGAGGAGGGGCAGGUUCGGCAAGUGGUUGGGGUUCGCGCCGUCCGCCGCUAGGCCCGGGAGCCGUAGGUUCGGCAGGCACGCCUGCGGCCUUGGCUCGGGGCCGGCCGACCAGUGCUAGCACCACUGCAUCCCGGAGCUCUGCUGAUUGGUCGAGCCCGGACGAGUCAGAGGUUGAGUCGAGAAAUACCGACACUUUGUUAAGUGCUGAGAGGAGUGUUACUCCUAGCGGGGAUAGGAUGAUGGGGGGUGCGGAUGGAGGGGAAAGAGGCAUGGGGGCAAAUGAUGCUUUGACUAGUGCAAUCAUGGCUUCGUCUAUAUCAGCUGCGGCUGCUGUUGAGAUGGCACGGCAACGGCAGCAGCAGCAACGGCAGGAGGAGGAGGAGAGGCGGAAGCAGGAGGAGCAGGCAGGAGGCGGUUUGCGACAGGAAGGAGGGAGAGGCAGAGGAGGGGAGGGGGAGAGGGAGGGGAGUGAGAGAGAAUGGUCGUUUGCAUCGAGUGAGGAGGAGGAGGAGGAGGAGGAUGAUGUUCCUGUAGGUGAAGUGUUGACGUCAGGGGAGCAAACGAGUGGUCAAAUGCAGCAGCAGCAGCAGCAGCAGCAGCAGCAAAUGGGAGUUGCUGCAGCGGGUGGUGGUAGGAGGAGGAAGGAAGUGAGUUUUGACGAGGGGGUGUCGUCUGGCUCUGCUGUUUCGGCUGCGGUGGUUUCGUCGUCUGCUUCGGGUGUUUAUGGUGGCGCGGGAUGGGGGGAUGGUGAGGGGAAUAGCGGCGUUGUGACUGCUGAGGUUAUUGAGGAGGAGACUGAAGAGGAGGAGGAUGAAGAGGAGGAGGAUGAGGAGGAGGAUGAAGAGGAGGAUGAGGAGGAGGAGGAGGAUGAGGAGGAGGAUGAGGAGGAGGAGGAAGAAGAGGAGGAGGAUGAGGAGGAAGAGGAGGAAGAAGAGGAGGAUGAGGAUGAGGAGGAGGAAGAGGAAGAAGAGGAGGAUGAGGAGGAAGAGGAGGAAGAAGAGGAGGAUGAGGAGGAGGAAGAGGAAGAACAGGAGGAAGAGGAUGAGGAGUAUACAGAGACAGAGGAGGGUACAGAAGAAGUUACGGAGGAGGUAACUGGGACAGAGGAGGUUACAGGGACCGAAGAAGUGACAGGGACGGAGGAGGUCACAGGGACAGAAGAGGUCACAGGGACAGAAGAAACGACGAAGGAUUACGAGGAGGAAGAAGAGGAGGAGGAGGAGGAGGAGGAAGAGGAGGAGGAAGAGGAGGAGGGAACAGAAGUCACUGAAAUGACAGAGGAUUAUGAGGAGGAAGGCGAGGGAGAGGAUGAGGAGGAGGAGGAAGAGGAAGAGGAAGGGGAGGAGGAGGAGGAGGAGGAGGAGGAGGAGGGAACAGAAGUCACUGAAGUGACAGAGGAUUAUGAGGAGGAAGGCGAGGGAGAGGAGGAAGAGGAGGAGGAGGGGACUGAGGAAACGGAAAUGACUGAGGAAUAUGAGGAGGAAGAGGAAGAGGAGGAAGAAGAGGGGACGGAAGUGACUGAGGAUUAUGAGGAGGAAGAGGAAGAGGAGGAAGAGACAGUGGAGGGAACAGAGGAGGAAAUAACCCAAGAGACAGAAGAGGAGGAAUAUGAGGAGGAGGAGGAGGAGGAGGAGGAGGAGGAGGAGGAGGAGGAGGAGGAGGAGGAGGAGGAGGAGGAGGAGGAGGAGGAGGAGGAGGAGGAGGAGGAGGAGGAGGAAGAGGAGGAGGGAGAGGAGGAAGGGUAUGGGACCGAAGAAGCAACAGAGGAAGGAACGGAGGUGACAGAAGAAGAGGUGACAGGGGAAGAGGUAACAGAAGAGGAGGUGACAGGGGAGGAGGUGACAGAAGAGGAGGUGACAGAAGAGGAGGUGACAGAAGAAGUGACAGGGGAAGAGGUGACUGAAGGGGAAGUGACUGAAGAUACUGAAGAGACAGAAGUGACUGAAGGAACAGGGGAGGGGGAGGAGGAGGAGGAAGAAGAGGAGGAGGAGGAAGAGGAGGAGGAGGAGGAGGAGGAGGAGGAAGAGGAGGAGGACGAAGAAGAGGAGGAGGAAGGGACAGAAGAGGAUCAAGGGGCGUCAUACUAUGGUGGGGAGGAGGAAGGGGGCGAGGGGGAGAUGGUAACGGAGACAGAAGGAGAGACGGAGGAGAGUGAGGGGAGCUAUGAUGGGGUUCCAGGUGCUGGGGAGGGUGGGGAGGGGUGGGUGGGAGAGGGAGAGGAAGAGACGGAGGAGGAGACGGAGGGAGAGGAGGAAGAGGAAGAAACAGAGGAGGGGACAGAGGGGGAAGGGGAGGAAGAGGAGGAGGAGGAGGAGGAAGAAACAGAGGAGGGGACAGAAGGGGAAGGGGGGGAAGAGGAGGAAGAGGAAGAAACAGAGGGAACAGAGGGGGAAGGGGAGGAAGAGGAGGGGGAAGAAGAGGAAGAAACAGAGGAGGGAACAGAGGGGGAAGGGGAGGAAGAGGAAGAAACAGAGGAGGGAACAGAAGGUGAAGGGGAGGAAGAGGAAGAAGAGGAGGAAGUGACAGAGGAGGAAGGGGAGGAAGAGGAAGAAGAGGAGGAAGUGACAGAGGAGGAAGAGGAGGAAGAGGAGGAGGAGGAGGAGGAGGAGGAGGAGGAGGAGGAGGAGGAGGAGGAGGAGGAGGAGGAGGAGGAGGAGGAGGAGGAGGAGGAGGAGGAGGAGGAGGAGGAGGAGGAGGAAGAGGAGGAAGAGGAGGAAGAGGAAGAGGACGAGGAAGAAGAGGAGGACGAGGAGGAGGAUGGAUCGAUCAGUGUGGUGCCCCUGAAGGAAGAGAGUAGCAGAGAGCAGGACACAGGCGAGGGAGGAGAACAGGGCUCGUCACAAGAAGAGACCGAGGGAGAGACGGAGGGAGAGACGGAGGCAGAGGGAAGCAGCACAGAGGGAGAGGAGGGAGGAGGGAGAGAGGCGGGGUACGCUGCGAUCGCAGCAGCAGCAGCGGUGGUGGCGGCGGCAGGCGGUGGGGCCUCUGCUGCUGCUAUUCGCAUGCAGCAAGCAGGGAGUUUCAACCGCGAGAUGGGAGCUGGCGGUGCUGCUGGUGAUGGCGGGGGUAUGUGGGGUUUGGAAGGGCUGGAUCGGGGUAGCAGCGGGAGGCUGAGCAGGAGCGGCAGCAGUGCGAGUGGGUACACUGAAGGGGAUAACGAGGAAGAUAAUGAAGAGGAUAAUGGUGGGGACGGGGAUGGGGCGAGUGUUGCAAGUGGGGCCAGUUCGGGUGAGGGGCGAGAAGGGAGCGCGGGAGUGGGGGGUGGUGGACACAGGGAGGCUGAAGGGGGAAAGGGAGAUGGAGUGAGAGGGGGGGAAGGGCACAACAGGCAUGGGCGCCCGGACCUUGUUCCGGAGCUGAGCCUCGAGCCGAGGCUAGAGGCUCGGGAGGAGCAAGAAGGGGGUAGAGGGAUUGGGGAAGGAGGUGUGCAAGGAGAGAGCUGGAGAAGCCAUGGAACAGAAGUAACUGGUGAGACUGGUGAGGGGGAAGAGGAGGAGAGUGAGGAGGGGAGUGAGGAGGGGAGUGAGGAGGGAACAGAGGAAGUGACAGAAGAAGUGACAGAGGAAGGGAGUGAGGAGGGGAGUGAGGAGGAGGGAACAGAGGAAGUGACAGAGGAAGUGACAGAGGAAGGAAGUGAGGAGGGAAGUGAGGAGGAGGGAACAGAGGAAGUGACAGAGGAAGGGAGUGAGGAGGUGACUGGGGAGGCAGAAGAGACAGAGGGAGAGACAGAAGGAGAAACAGAGGGAGAAACAGAGGGAGAAACAGAAGAGGAAACCGAGGAAACGGAAGGCUCUGGGGAAACAGAGGAAACAGGUAUGACUGGCGAGACAGAAGAAACUGGGGAAGAGGAGGAAGAGGAAGAGGAGGAAGAGGAGGAGGAAGAGGAGGAGGAAGAGGAAGAGGAGGAGGAGGAUGAGGAGGAAGAGGAGGAGGAUGAGGAGGACGAGGAGGAGGAGGAAGAAGAGGAAGAGGAAGAAGAGGAAGAAACAGAGGAGGGAACCGAGGGGGAAGGGGAGGAAGAGGAAGAGGAAGAGGAGGAAGAGGAAGAGGAGGGAGAGGAGGAGGAAGAAGAGGAGGACAGCGUAGAUCACACUGCCACUGGCCCCUCUGCCUUCCCUCCCCGCACCUCCGGCCGCAGCAGCCGGCAGGUUUCCUUCCAGGAGGACGUUCAGCCGGCAGCUAGCCGGCUAGCCGGCAGUUCUGGCGCCACUGGGAGUGGGGCGUAUGGGAGCGGGAGCUUCGGAGGGAGGUUAGGGAGCGGGAACUACGGGGGCGGUGGUGUGGGAGGGGGAGGGGAUUAUGGGGGGAGGCUGGGGAGGAGUAAUCUUGGGGGGGAGCAAGGGAAUGGGAAUUAUAGGGGAGAGGAGGCGUAUGGGAGUGGGAAUUACGGGAGUGAAGCGUAUGGGAGUGGGAAUUAUGCCAAGGGGCAUGCGUUGGGUAGUGGGAACUAUGGGAGUGAGGGGUACGGCAGCAGUGCAUAUGGCGGGAGUGGUAACCAUGGCGCGAUGUUACAUGGCGCUGGGGGGAGUGGGCUGGGCGGCAGACUAGGAAGUGGGGGCGGCUUGGGAAGCAGGCUAGGAAGUGGGGGGAUGAGUGGAGGGCUUGGGAGUGGGAAUAUGGGGAGUGGGAAUAUGGGGAGUCAGGUCAGUGGGAGUGGGAAUUACGGGGGGAAAUUAGCCCCUGUGCGGUCUCCUAGUGACAGCGGCCAGAGUGAAGGGCAAAGGGAGAGAGAGAGCGGAGGAGAGGGAGGAGGAGGAGUGGGAGGAGGAGGAGUGGGAGGAGGAGUGGGGGGAGAGAGAGGAGGGACGGGAGUGGGAGGGCCAGUUUGGGAGACGGACGAGGAGCGGAGUCAACCAGCUAGCAUGGAGAGACGAGAGGAGGGGCAAAGUAUGAGACAAGAGGAGGAUCGAAGCAUGGAGGCAGCAGAGGCCCGAGCACCACCGCCAGCAGCACAGGAACCAACGAGUGCAGCUGACGCAUCUGCAUCGCCCCCCAAGUCAGCAAAGAAAGGAGGAUGGCUGGAGAACCUCUGGGGCAAGUAG